CAAUUCCUUUAACAAUAUAACUGUAUUCUCAGCUUCACAUCAUUAGACCGUUUAAUAGAUACACAGGAUCUUACACUGUGUAGCAUGGAAUUAUGAUUUGUGGGGUAUUUCAAUUACACUUUUUUCUUACACAUCUUUAUAAAUAUACACCUUAUAUCAAUAAAAAAAUAAACACACAUUGGGCAAGAUUUAAGUCACCUCAAUUUAAACAGGCUACAAGAUUUAAGUCACCUCAAUUCAAACAGGCUACUGAUACAGCAAUACAAAGCACAACAGAGCCUACCCUGUUCAGGCCCGGAUUUGAGGCAAGGCCGCAUAGGCCCGGGCCUAGGGCGGCAAAAAAUAGGGGUGGCAUGCCGCCCAGCCGCAUUAUGGGGACGUGUGCGUCCCCAUUCAAUUACACCAGCUGCGCCGGAGUUUUUUCGCCGGCACGCUGGGAAGGGGAAGUGUAGGCGGGUGCUAGGACCGAGCGGCCGCCUGGUCGGACCGCGAGGCCUAGGGGUGGCCGGCAAAGAAAUCCGAUGCUGACCGUUAGAGAUAAUGCAGUUACUGGGGCAGAACCCCACCAUUUUACUUAAUAGAAUGGAUUAGUGAAAAAUUGAUUUUAAUCAGGUCAAGCAAGAUGUACAGAAUAUUAGGGACCGCACAUCAAAAGUGGCACAUCCUAUAGCAGUCCAAUUUGAGGACAUAGCUCGCAGAUUGGCAGCCCUGGAAGCAUGAGCAGAAGACCUUUAAAACCGGCUAAGACUGAAUAAUGUUUGUAUUAUUGGUCUACCGGAAAGUGCUGAGGGAAAACAGGUGAAAAUAUUCUUGGAACAAUGGUUGCUAAAACUCUUUCAACCAAGAACAUUCUCUGAUAAUUUUGUCAUUGAACGUGAGCACACCUCCACCUGAGGCACCACCACAACCUACCAUUGCCUGUGCGCUAAAUUACCGUGACAGGGAUGAGAGGAAAGCUGGAAAUGUUAUGUUCGAGAAUCAAAGAAUCUCCUUCUACCCGGACUUUUCUAUCGGUGUCCAGAAACAGAGAAAGUUUACCUCAGUUAAGGAAACCCUGUGCAUAUUCCCUACUCCAUGAUAUUCCAGCUCGCCUGAGAGUGAUCGCAAGCAAUCACACCCACUUCUUCACUAAUUGCAAAAAAAUCCAGAUGCACACCUGUUUGUUGAAGUUGUGUCAAAAGUGAUUUAUUAAGCCCAUAUAUACAUCACAAAAAGGCAACGUUUUGGACCCCUCCAGGCCCUUUAUCAAGCCUUUAUCAACCCAUUUCUUCACUACACCAGAGGAGGCGCACACUUGGAUUGAGGCACUACCCACAAUCCCACCUGGGCAACCACUACAGCCGAUACGUUCUCCAUGCCAGAGACCAUUGGCGGAUGACGGGAGGUGACCUAGUCCAGCAAGGUAAGUAUUUUUUGCAAUGGCAGCUAUCCUUUCUAAAUACCCUUACCUACACCUUGAGGAUAUCAGGAUUAAAUCAGAGAACUGAAUUGAAAGCCCUCUGAUCCCACCCCCUUGAUAAUCAGAGCAAACUAUGGCUCAUAUGUCUGGGAGAAUGACUCGCUCAAGUUCGGGCAGGGCAUGUAGGGAGGGAGGAUUUGUUGACUUUAUCAUGUUACUGUAAAUCUUUUUCCUCAUUAUUUGGAGCUACUUUUGUAAAACACUUAAAUUCACAGAUACAAGCCUCAGACCAUUGAAAUAUUUUGCUUGGCUACCCUUUGGGUCUGCCUUAGCUAUCCUAGCCACAGACUGACUCACCUGGACAAAUUUCACUUUCUUCAAUCCUGGAGCUACUCAACUUUUAACCUCAAAAAACACUGACUGCCAGGCUUCCCUGACUGCCAGGCUUCCCUGGCCCUCUCAGUCCAUCCAGCUCAUAUCAUGGCUACAAUAAAUAUUAUAUCCUGGAAUGUCAGGGGCCUGGUGUUCCAGGUACUUAAAAAUGCUAAAUCCCAUGUGAUCUUUUUGCAGGAGACCCACCUGGAUGGCUCAAAACUUCUCUCCCUAAGAAGGCAAUGGAUGGCACCAACCUAUUAUUCUGCUUACUGUAGCUAUGCUACAGGUGUUUCUACACCACUGGCUGCUUGGACUUCCACUUUUCAUCUAAGUGACCUCUGGAGGCUCAAAUCCUUUACUUUUUAUUCAGCAUCCCAAAAUAUUAUGUACAUAAUAAAUCUGGCACUAGGGUCUGCCAAGAUAGAAAAAAGUCUAGUAUCAGCAAAAAUGCUGCCUAGAGGCAUCUCGGAUCAUUCUCCACUACUGGUAUCCCUAAUGACAAAUAUGGCCCCCUCAGAGUCCAUCUGGAGUCUUAACAGCUUCUGGAUUAAACUAGACUCUAUGGGGCCAAUUUACUAAAGGGCGAAGUGGCUAACGCUAGUGAAAAUUCACCAGAAAAAGUUAAAAAAUGUUUUAAGUCCCAAAAAACGCUGGUGUCUUUUACUUUUUUGACGGUGAUAGCGGUGCCCUGGCGAUACUUUGCCUGACGAAGUACGGUGAAGUGCAGCGAAGCCAACGCUGGCGCAACUUCGAAGGUCUGGUAGGGGCAAUACUGUCCAUGUGUACAGACAUGUCAGGAAUAGAAGAAAAGGAAUUUAUGUCAAGUUGAUAUAAAUGGCACUAAAUAAACUGAAGAGAGGCGGGGCCUUUGCCGGGACACUUACAGUACUCUUUUGUAUAAGCUUCUGGUUUUACUCAAUUCCACACAAGAUGAUGAACUUGAAGAUCCCAAUGGAAAAUCCUAAAAAAACAUCGGAAAUCCAGAGGGAGGUUGAAGAAAUCUUAAACCAAAUAGAGAGCAUGAUAACAAAGGUUGAUUUAUUGCAUAAGGACAAAACCACUUGUGCUGAAAAAAGCAAAGCCACCAUUUUAAAUCCGAAAGCCAGUUACUGUGUUGGGGACAAUCUGGCUGUACAAGUAGAAAUGUUUGACUAUUUAGGUAACAGAAAAACUUAUGGAGGAGACUACCUAAGAGCAAGAAUCUCUACAAAAGAACAUAAUGCAGGAGCAAGUGGGAGGAUUGAAGAUUUUCACAAUGGAACUUACCAUGUCCAUUUCACCCUCUAUUGGGAAGGUAAAAUUGAUUUGUCUAUUCUUCUCAUACACCCAAGUGAAGCAGUUUCAGUACUUUGGAAAAUACGAAACUCAUGGUAUGGCAAUAUAGAUUACAGUGGCAAAUUUACAUAUCAAAAUAAACAAACUGAAGCCAAGUGUGGAUUUGAUCUCAAUAAAUCAUUGGAAUUGUGUGAAUAUAAUGACCAGAGAGAUGAAGAAUAUUUUUAUUGUAUGAAGCCUCCCAGCUAUGAGUGCGACAUGCUAACAGAGACAAAGAGCUGGUUUACUGGUCGUUCAAAACUGACCAAGCUUGAAGCAAGCCUAUUUGACAAGUCCAGCCUCAGAGUGGAAAUACCAAAAGACAUUGAGAAUGUUAUUGUAACCAGCUGUAAUAAUAAUUCAGACAGAAAAAACAGUCAGAGAUGUAGAAUUGGAAUGAAAUUGGAAUAUCCCAGUGGACAUUUUAUGAAUAAUGUGUGGAUACCACAUGCUUGCAGCAUGAAGACUAAUCACAACUUGGAAGAACUAAAUACAUGCAUGGCAGGAAAGGUUAUAUACAUACUGGGAGAUUCAACUCUGCGUCUGUGGAUGAUAUACUUAAAAAGUAUAUUGAAUGAAAUGACAAUUUUGAACCUUUAUGAAAGUGGCUGGGCACAAAAGAUUUGGGGCAUUGACCUAAAGCGGAAUAUGAGGAUAAGCUGGAAAAGACAUGGCAACCCAUUUAUAAGCAGUUCAUACCAAUCUUGCAGAGAGGACCGUACCAUCCCAAGAGAAAUUGACUUCAUUGGAGGACAUAACAAAACAGUGGUUGUCCUUAAUAUAGGUUGUCAUUUUAGGCCUUUUCCAGUUCACCACUACAUCAAGAGACUCAUCAACAUACGAAGGGCAGUAGUGCGUCUUUUCCGAAGAAGUCCUGAAACCAAGGUUAUAAUUAAAGCAGAGAACAUCAUGGCAAGUGAUAAUCAUGAAAUAAAAUCAGAUUUUCAUGGCCUUGUUCACUACUUUGCAUUUCAACUAAUUUUUAAAGAUCUAAAUGUAGGAUUUGUAAAUGGAUGGGACAUGACAACUGCAUUUGAUGCAAAAAAUGCCCACCCCCCUCCAGAAUAUAUUCAGAAUGAAAUUGAUUUAUUCAUGACUUACAUUUGUUAAUUAACGAAUUAAAGCUGUUCUCAUACUGAUAAGUUUGGGCUGCUACAGUACUCUUAGAAGUAAUUAAACCACCGCCUACAACCCAACAGGUUUACUAGGUGGUUGCCACUUUUUUAGAGUUGGACCUAAUUUCGAGGGACCUGCAGUGCUUCCAACUUAUGUCAGUGUCAAAAAACCUGAAGCGAAUAACUAUCAUUUGAUCUUGACUAAAACGUUUAUGCAUGCUAUUUGUUGUGUAUGCACAACUAAAAAUGUAAGUAAAAAGCUGUACAAAACUAGUAAACUUAGAAUAGUAGAAUGAGUGAGUAAUUAAUAAAAUGCAUAAAAUAAG